CAGUCAAAGGCUCAGAGCCCGAGCGGCCGAGCACCCGGUCCCCAGUUCCAGCCAAAACCCAUUCAUCUUCCCGGUCACGGACAGACCGGGGGGCCGACGCGCGCAGAUGCUCCCAUUGACCAUUGUUGCCUUGUGUGCCCAAGACUCCGCCUUUCAGCUUCUCCCAGCGCAUAUAGCAGCACGCACCAUCCCAGCCUUGUUGCGCUGCCCCCGCCCAUUCUCUCGCCGGAAGGGGAUCGAGCUAGGGGAUGGACGACGACGCCGGCAUGAUCCCCUCCUCGCCCUCCGCCGAGACGUCGUCGUCUUCCUCCGACAUCGACACCGAGUCGACAUGCUCCUUCUUCCGGGACCGGAGCACGACGCUGGGGACGCUCAUGGGCGUGUCCCUGGCGGCCGACUGGGAGGACGGGCCUCAGCCUGAGCCAACACGGGAUGCAGCGGCGGCGGAGGAAGAGAACAUGGAGAGGGCCCGCGCGCCGGCGGAGGAAGAUGAGCGGUGGAGGUGGCGGCGCCGGCGGUGGAGGCGGCCGCGGGGCGCCAGCUGGUGGAGGCUGUGCAGGGACGACGGCGGCGGUGCGACUCCGCUCGCGCACUUCCUGGACAUGGAGAGGAGGGAGGCGACCGCGCCGCUGUUCGAGCAGAGGAGAAGGGCGCCGCCAUCUUCGUCGUCAUCGACGCCGACGCCGACGGCCGCGUCGGUUGGGGAAGAAAGGGGCAUCGGCAGGUUGAAGCUGCGGAGGUCAGUAGUCCAGGGCACGUCCUCCUCGUCGCUGGCCAGGCUGCCCGUGCUGCUCACCGGAAUCUGCAGCGGCGGGGCUUGACGAUUCUGAAUGGUUUCUUCAGCGUGGGACGCCGGCGGAUUUAUUUAUUUUUGUUCAUUUUUCUUCUUAAUUUUUUUAUAUCAUCUUUUCUCUUGAAUUCUGGCAUACUCCGUAUUGAUGAACGAUGAUUAUCUUGGGCACCCACAUGACUUCCUUCCUAAGUAUGUCGUGUCGUGAUAUUGAAUGAAUGAAACUACUCCGA